GAAGUGCGUUGUCGGUCGACCAUAGCAAAGCGACAAGGCUCAUUUCUGUCUGCGCGCAUUUUUAUCGCCUCUGGGAUCGAAUCUUUUCCUCAUCUACCGUUCCACUUUUACAUCUCCAUCACCAUGCUCUUCUUCAGUUUCUUCAAAACUCUCACUCAGCAAACCGUGACGGUGGAGUUGAAAAACGAUAUUUCCAUACGCGGCACUCUCAAGUCCGUCGACCAGUACCUAAACAUCAAACUCGACGAUGUCACGGUCCUUGACGAACUCAAGUACCCCCACCUCAGCUCGGUGAAGAACAUCUUCAUUCGAGGCUCCGUGGUCAGAUACGUACACUUGCCACCAGACAAGGUCGACAGGGGCCUCCUCGAGGACGCGUGUCGCAGGGAAGCCAUGGCGCAAAAAGGAAAGGCUGCAUGAAGAAGAUGAAGGAGAGGAAGAAGUUGAGACAAAUGCCGGGGUUGUUUUUCAACAGUGCAUUAUGCUACUCUGAGCCAUGAAGCUCAGCCAGCAGGCCUGCGGUUGUCAUGGACCACAAUGAUGAAUCAGAGACUAGGCCAGAGCCACGUCAAUCCUAGAUGCGACAAAGUUUGUGUUGACUGGAUCUGAUCUUUGGUUGGGAGGUCGCGCACUCUGUCGACUCAUGCACAGAAUUACUGCUAUGAGGUUUGCAAGGCAACACUAAAAACAAUGCUGGCACAGAACAAUCUCAAGAAAAGGGUGAAGAAGAGGAGCGUUGCCGUAUACUGCGCUAUCUGGCUUACUAUUAGAACUGCCAGGUAGAAUUGGGCCUCUUCUUCGAUCGCUUAUGCUUGAAAUGCUCCCACGAAUGGUCCCUCCAGGACUGUGGGACACUUCUAUGGACAUGUCUUGGAAUGAGGAUGGGCAGCUUGGCUACGGCGAUAUGGACAAUAUCGCAAUAUGUAAGGGCAAAUACAAAAGAUGAAUGAUACAUGAUGUACAC